AUGUCGAAGUGUUUCCAGGAGUCGUACAAGUCUGCGACACCUUUGUUUAGUGAAGACAUUGAGACCGCUUUGGCAAUCGUUCUCUGUUCAGCCGUUCGAUGGAAUGCAACUUGUAGCGACCAGACAGUGCCUGGAACAACCACUCCUUGGUCCGACAUCUUCCAUGCAGGAGCAGCAUUUCCCGCUGAGCACACGGUACUGGUCCCACGCAUCUGGUGGUGUCGGGAUGCCACUGUCUCCGCCAAGCUGGAAAGUCACCUUGAAGGCUGGAACAUCGAUCUGAAGAGUCUGUUGCCAGAUCCCUUGGAGUUGGUUAAGAGUCCGGUCCGAGGUGCCCUUGCCAGAGGAGUGCCGUGGGAACAGAUGGUUGCAAACUCCCUAGUGGCCAGAUUUCGCCUUUAUUGCCUGCAAGGUAACUUUGAAGCCGACAGCACGUGGGUUCCUUUCCUGGAGAUCUAUCCCACAAAGGAUGAGCAUCUACAGAAAGUGCUGGAACCCUUCCACGUUUGCUGGAGCGAUGGGGUAGAGCUCUCAAAGUUUGAAGCGACUGUCUUGGAUCCUGUUGGAAAGGCCAUAAAGUCCAAUCUUCUGAAAAAGAGUGCUCACCACGACCUGUUAAUUCCCGUGAAGCGAGUGAGUGGUGACGAGCUCGAGUACAUCGCAGCCCAAUGCCGGUUUGGCGAAAUGAAAACUGCAUCCGAACUGAAGAACCAGGACAAGGCCAGAAAGCCGAGAAUGAAUGAGAACCUUCAGCAGAUGACCAACGUGCUGCUCCAAAUAUGUCCAGACGCUGAAGGCGCUCAGGUGUUUCAGGCAGGUACUUCGUGGGCGAAACGCCAAGAGGACGGCAAAUACAGUCUCAUGAGUUGCAGAAGCAUCAUUGCGCAGCUGGACGUGCUGCUCGCGCUGUGA